AUGAUGUCUAAGGAUAGGCCAUCAACAUCUAAACGAUCUCUUCAGUUUACCACUGAAUUGCCAUCCCCACAAACAACAACUUCUAAAAAUAUAAGCCCUAUCAUAACUUUGAAUCCAUACCAAAAUAAAUGGACAAUCAAAGGCAGAGUUACUCAUAAACGCCCUAUUAAAGCAUAUAGCAUAGCCACAAAAAAUGGCCAUGUGUUUAGCUUUGACAUUAUUGACAAUGAGGGUUGUGAAAUUAGAAUUACAUGUUUUGAUCAGAUAGCUCAGUUACACUCUAACUAUGUGGACAUAGGUUCACAUUAUCUUAUUUCAAAGGAAUCCAUUAAGGAGGCAAAUGCAUCCAUAUUGAAACACUGCAGCAAUGAAGAACAAGAAGAUCAACAACGUCCUCUUUUUGCGCCCAUUAAUGAAUUGUUUCAUCUAUCAAAUAACACGUUGGUUGACAUAAUUGGCCUUUUUCUAUAUGCUGGAGAUAUCAUUCCAAUACAUAGGAAAGACAACAGUAAAACACACAAACGUGUUGUGAAAAUUAAUGAUCUAUCUUAUUCAACAAUUGACAUCAACCUAUGGGGUCCAAUGGUAGAACAAAAAGACCUACAAUUGAAAGAUAUGUUGAGCAAUGAUAGUGUUGUUAUCCUUGCUUUGCGUAAUGCUCGUGUUGGCUAUUUCAAUGGCAAGCUUAUAAACAUUACAUCUGCAACCACAUUACAUAUCAACCCAACUUUUCCAGAAGUAGAGCCUCUAACAUUAAGAGGAAAGGACCCUUUACUUGUUGUAGCCUUUGUUAAAGAAACUAUCCACAUAGAUGGAAAAUAUACUAGAAUGACUAUUUCUUCAAUCCGUGAGCGAAUGAGUAUCAAACCAGAAACAAUUCAGAUGACUUUGCUAGUUGUUCUGCGCUUUGUAAAUGUAACUGACCAAAUUUUCUAUUACACAGCUUGUCCACUAUUAGUCAAUGGAAGGCUUUGA